CUAUGUUUUGGCAGCUCUAACUCGGACGGGUUUUCCAUUGCAUUGUUGUUGUUGUGGCGCGAUCGAAUUUGUUUGGAAUUCUGUAAAUCAGCACUAGACUUUCGGGAGUGUUUUGGUUUUGGAUACCACCAGUUAUACCAAAAACAGCCUCGUGUUUUUAACAAAGACCAAGUGAAAGGAUAGGAUAAAGCAAGGGACGAAGCAAGGCACAGGAGAACGUAACUCCGCCCAUGCGCACAGCUAAUCCAGAACCUGUCCUAACGGUAAACUGAUUGUCUCCGUGCAACAAAAGCGGAAAUCGAAAGCGAAGCGGAAACGGAAGCUGCCUGGGAUAGCUAAUCGAAGGGGAAGGCAGCCCGCUAACUGCGGCAACCGGGAACCGAAGGCUGAAGCCCGUAAAAGCCACAAAAAAUAUAAUUAAAGCCAAAAAGCAAAUUCAAAAUGUUCCAAGCCCUGCCCCGUCCGUCAAGGUCUGCACUCCACUGCGGAGCAGCAGCCAUCGCCACACUCGUCCUCAUGGCCUGGGUCCGACCGCUGGGCGUGCUCUUCCUUGGGUUGCUGGGCUAUUGGAUCUACUGGACGCGCUGCAGCUUCCGGAUCGUGCCCACGGACCAGCUGCGCGGCAAGAUCAACGUCUGGCUGCAGAGGAUCGACGACUGGCGCCACAGCAGCCCCAGCAUGUUCUGCCUGGCCAGCAGCGGCUGCCUAGGCACCCUCGCGGUGCUCGGCCACCUCAUCUCCGGCUCCACGCUGGUCCUCACCAUUUUGGUGGUCUCCGCCCUCGUCUCCACCAAGUACAACUUGAAGCUGCUGAAGAUCGAGCACAAGGACUUUCAGUGGUCGGAGAAGCUCAACUACAACAAUUUGGAGGCCGAGGCGGAGGACGAAUUCUUGCCGGACGUGAACGAGUCGAAUCUAUUCGUGCUGGAGCGGGCCAGCGAUGUGGCCACCAUCAGUUCGCCCACCGAUGCGAAUGACGAGGAGGACGACGAGCGCAGCGACGACAUACCGUCGGAGCUGCUCAUUCCGGACGUGAUACCCGAGAUCGACGAGCACUCCACCGACGAGGAAGAUGAGCUGGCCCCACUUGCGGCCAAAAAGCAGGAGAACCAGCAGGAGCAGCUGGCGAAGGAGAACGACGCCAUGAACUUCCGGAAGGGCCACUUCAAGCGCGACUCGUCGCUGUCCACCACGUCCUCCUCGUCCGAGGAGAGCCUGUCCAAGGGGCUGCAGUUCCCCGACCACACCACCGUCGACGCGAGUGGCAACAGCCAGUUGCGUCAGAUAACCGCGGGAGCGGAUCCCGCCGGCGAUCUUAUGGCCCUGGCCGUGAAAACUCAGGCCCAGGCGCUCCUGGCCAACAGCGGGAAGCUCCUGCCCAGCCUCGUAUCUGGCCUGGUGCAGUGGGGGGCAGGUGGUGCUGCCGCAGCCAUAUCCGGAGAUGCCACCGAUGGCAGUCGAGAUCGCGAGCAGCAGCGCAUUGUCACCGCCUUGGACUCGUCGGACGAGAGCGACUUUGAGAUACUCGAAACGGAUGACUUCAAGUAAGGAUUGGAUCGAAUCGCAGAUCGUUCCGAUUCGUCGUAUUAUAAAGCUAAAUCUUAACAUACGAGUACAUACAUAUGCAUACAGAACACAGAACACAACAAGCCGACAGACA